AUGGGAGCAGGACUUUCUAAAAAGGCUACAAUUCAAGAGUUGCAAUUGGUGUUUGGUAAAAAGCGUACAAUUCAAGACCGGCAAUCACCGUCGAGUGAGAAAUCCAGUGGCAGUGAAGAUAGAUGCAAACAUGAUGAAGAUAUCUUGGAAGACCUCCAACCUCAUUCAAAUUUGAAAGGCCUAACUAUUGAACGCUACUGUGGUAAAAGCUGUCCUUCAUGGAUGUUAGAAACAAAAAAUUUUCUCAAAAAUCUGAUGUUCAUGACCUUUUAUGAAUGUCCUUGGUUGGAAAGCAUUCCAUCACUUUCACUCCGCAAUGAGGCAAAGUUAGAAAUUGAAAAUUGCAAGAAUUUGAAAAGCAUUGCAUAUUCGUCUCUUCAGAAACUCAUCAUUGAGAACUGUGAAAAACUAGUUAAAGUAGAGGUUGCACCAGUUGCCAUGUCCAUGUCCAAUGUAUAUGGGUUGUCUUCUCUUCAAAAAAUUGAAAUAGGCAGGUGUGGGCAAUUGAAAAGCAUAAGAGAGGAUUUAUCUACUGCCACGUGUCUCAAAGAGUUGAUUGUAAAGGACUGGUCUGGUUUGAUGUCCUUUCCGAACCUCCAUGGGCUUUCAUCUCUUCAAAAAAUUGAAAUAGGCGGGUAUGGGCAAUUGAAAAGCAUAAGAGAGGAUUUAUCUACUGCCACGUGUCUCAGAGAGUUGUCUGUAUGGGGGUGCUAUAGUUUGAUGUCCUUUCUGAACCUCCAUGGGCUUUCGUCUCUUCAAAAAAUUGAAAUAGGCUGGUGUAGGCAAUUGAAAAGCAUAGAAGAGGAUUUAUCUAUUGCCACGUGUCUCAAAGAGUUGACUGUAAGGGGGUGCCAUGGUUUGAUGUCCUUUCCGAACCUCCAUGGGCUUUCAUCUCUUCAAACUUUAUGGAUAAGCAAUUGUGGUGGAUUAAGAAGUUUGCCAAGUGGGUUGCCAUCAUGCACUGCUCUUGAGAAAUUGUAUAUCUCCAACUGUGAUAAUCUAAUCUCUAUUCCAGAUGAUUUGAGGAGGAGCUGGAGCACCCCUAACCCUGCCAGCCUUGCUCGCCUGAAGAAGCUGACUAUUGGUGGUUUCUCAACAGAGCUCAAGGAAUUUCCAGAUCUGGGCUUCAUCGGAUCUCAUCUUGAAGUAUUGACUUUGAUUGCAUGGGGAGAACCAAGAGAACGUCUGCCGUAUCAAAUUCAAAACCUAACUGCCCUUAAGUCUCUUGGAAUAAGGGAUUUUUAUGGACUGGAAGCUUUGCCAAAUUGGUUUGGAAACUUAUCCUCUCUUAAAACUCUGGAGAUUUCCAACUGCAAAUCUCUGAAACAUAUGAAAGCCAUCCAACGCCUCUCCAAAUUAGAAAGCCUUUAUAUUGAUGGAUGCCCUAAGUUAGAGGAAAGAUGCACCAGAGGAAGUGGUUUUGAGUGGGACUGCAUCUCUCACAUUCGAAACAUCAAAAUAGACUACAGAUGGAUCCAAGGCAAAGGAGCUCCCAUUGAGAUUCCUAGUCAACUGCAUCAGGAUGAUGACAGUGAGCAGCAGGUUGAUGAUAAUAAGCAGCAAGAUGAUGAUAGUGUGCAGCAGGUUAAUGAUAAUGAGCAGCAAGAUGAUGACAAUGAGCAGCAGGUUGAUGAUAAUGAGCAGCAAGAUGAUGAUAGUGUGCAACAGGUUGAUGAUAAUGAGUAGAAAGAUUGUGAGGUUGGACUUUAUUUGCCAAAUUAAAACCUAGAUUCGAAAAUUAAAGGCUGGCAUCAUGGCUUGGUAGCCCAACCCAGACCACAGACUUCAAUGCUGAUUGUGAGGUUGGACUUUAUUUGCCAAAUUAAAACCUAUUAUGCAAUUGGCAUAGAGUAGCAUCAAAGUUUACCACUGAACUCAUUAGUCUUAUUCUACUCGUGUAUCACUUCUUUCUUCUACCAACUUAACCAUGAGGAAGGUUGUUGCUGAUUUUUUCAACAUUUGUAAAUUUGGUCUUUCCAAGCAUUUUUAACUUCUCUUAAUGUUUUGCAUUUGCUUGUGCAGGGUGAAAAUAAGAUUAAGAUCCAAGCAUAAAAGAGGAUACAAUUUUAAAAAAUAAAGUUGCUCAAACAAGUAUUGUGAAUGCAUGCAGGCCUCUAGUUCUUCAAAUUAACCUGCAAGCAAUCAGGCUCUAAAACCAUAUGUGAUGUUGGUGACACCCUGCUAAAAAGCCAAAGUGCCAACCACAACAAUCAUCUCAAAAGCCAUGGAGACCUUUUGAUUUUUAUAAGAUCCAUACAUGAAUUCAGACUUGUAAUUAUAAUAGAUUUUGAAUUCAAACUUGGAAGAAUCUGCAACUAAGGGGAUUCAGACCAUGGAGAUAGAAAUGGAAAACAAGCCAGUGUAAUUUACUUUUGAAUUUUUUGUUCAUUUAAAGCAUUGGUUUUUCUUUAAUUUUCUAGAUUGAUGUUUGUGGUUAUGAUCUAGAUUGUUGGUCGUUUUAAUUUGUCCACGGGAAUACAAAACAUGGAUUGGAGUUCUAUUAGGUGUUAUGGUUUCAAUAGGGUUUGAUUGCUGUAAUUGUAGGCCAUCCAUUGGCCUUGAAACACCUAACAAAUGCUGAUCGAACGAACAAAAAGCAGUUAGAAAGGCACUGUCAUCAAGAGAAAUUAAGAAUGAUUCUGGUAUGUUCCCUGAGUCUCAAGCAUUUAAGCAUGGGCUUUCUGAUUUUUUAAUAUUUUGUUAAUUAGUACAAUGAGCAUAGUCUUAUGGUAAAACUAAUUAAGAUUCUUCCUUUAAAAGUUCUUGGACCAUAAGGUUUUAAUCUCUUGGAGGUGCUCAAUUUCAGUCAGCUGGGAGGGUGACAGGAUGUUGGUCAGUCUAUUAUACCUUGAGUAGGUUUCUUUCUGUUGAGUUGUCAUAGACUAAGUUGUACUCAGACUCCAGGGAAAUCUCAACCCAUAAUGACUCUAACUCCUUGAAAGUAUGUUUUGAGUAGAAUUAUGAUUAAACUUGAAAUUCAUUU